AAACUUAUCUCUCAAAAUUACUUCAAACAUUUUAUUCAACAAUGGAAUGCGCCAAUUUCAUGAGAUGUUAAUAGUGUAAUUUAGGUAAUUUUUACAACUCUCCCAAAAUAUGAUAUUUUGAUUCUCCUGCCACUAUGCUCAAAUUCCAAACCCACAAAGCAAAUUCACAAUUCACAUUUACAAACUUGCGAGACCUUUUUCUAAACAUACUAUUCGUGGCUAAAAAAUAAAAAAGUCUUCAUAUUCAUGCUCCCUUUCUAAACCCUAAACUAAAUAUUACUCCCUCUCAUUCUCAAACUUGGAAGAGAAAACCCUUCAAAAAUUUCUUCCCACCAUGACCCACUCUCUCGAACCCAAAUUCCACCAAACCCCAUUUCCCCUUCUCCGCCGCAGCCCGAAAUCUCCACGGCCCAUUUCAAUCCGAUGCGGCGGCACCACCCGCGAGCUCCGAUCCCGACUAGACUCCAUCAAGAACACCCAGAAGCUCACCGAAGCCAUGAAGCUCGUCGCCGCCGCUAAAGUUCGAAGAGCCCAAGAAGCCGUAAUCAACAGCCGCCCCUUCUCCCAAUCCCUCGCCCAAUUUCUCCAUUUCAUCACCCAACAAAUUCAACGAGACGACAUCGAUUUCCCCUUUCUAAAUCCCAGACCAAUCAGAAAAGUCGCCGUCGUCGUCUUCACCGGCGACCGAGGUCUCUGCGGGGGCUUCAACGCUUCGGUAAUAAAAAAAGCCGAGACCCGAUUGGCCGAACUGAAAGAUCUCGAUCUGGGUCACACCCUAAUUAGCAUCGGGAAAAAGGGCAACUCGCAUUUCCGCCGCCGGUCCGAUGUAGAAGUCGAUCGGUUCAUCACCGGAUGCGGCGGCGUACCCACAGUGAAAGAUGCUCAAACCAUUGCAGAUAUUGUGUUUUCUCUGUUCAUCAGCGAAGAAGUAGACAAAGUGGAAACAAUUUACACAAAAUUCGUUUCGUUGCUGAAAUCUGAGCCUGUGAUUGAGACAUUGCUGCCAUUGUUGGGCGAAGGGGAAGCCAUGGGAGAUGGAGGGUUUAGAUUGACAACGGCGAAGGGGAAAUUGACGGUGGAGAGAGAGGGGAAAAGGGGGGAAGUAGGGGAAAUUUCGCCAUUGUUGGAGUUUGAACAAGACCCAGUUCAGAUUUUGGAUGGGAUGAUGGCUUUGUAUUUGAAUAGCCAGAUUUUAAGGUGUUUGCAGGAAUCAAUGGCGAGUGAAGUAGCGGCGAGGAUGAAUGCGAUGAGUAAUGCUUCUGAGAAUGCAAUGGAGUUGAAGAAAUCUGUUUCGGUUGCUUAUAAUCGAGAGAGACAGGCCAAGAUUACAGGCGAGAUUUUGGAAAUUGUUGCUGGCGCUGAAGCUCUUCAGGGAUUUUGAUUUCUUAUUUUUUACCUUUUUUUCCCCCUUUUUGUGUAGCAUCAGUGGUGGAAAAUUUGAUCGGCAAAUUUGACAUAGGCUUUUUUAAGAUGUAGACAGUGAGUAGUUUGCCAAAAAAACACAAGGUCCUUUUUUAAAAUUAUAUUUGUUUUCUUCCGCAUUCGUUGGCACAAUUUUCAUCUUUUCCAAUUA